UUUAGUAUCAGCCCUAAACACAAUUGACAAAAAGUGUUUAAUAUCAAAUUUCAUAGAAGAAUACUAAGGUGAAAAUCAUGGAGAGGUGGAUUGGAAAAGUGGCAAUCGUUACUGGCGCUAGUUCUGGCAUUGGAGUUGCCGUUGCAGAGAGACUGGUAGACGAAGGAAUGAUGGUAGUUGGUCUGGCUAGAAGAGUAGACAAGAUGGAAGAAUUAGCUCGAACUUUAGCUAAUAGACGAGGAAGUUUCCAUCCUAUUCGCUGUGACGUUUCUAUUAAACAAGAUAUUCUAGAUGCGUUUCAAACAGUCAAAGAAACUCUCGGCCCCAUACACGUCUUAGUGAAUAACGCUGGCAUCGCUAGAGUUACUCAUACUCUAUGUAGUGGAGACUCCGAAGCGUGGAAUGAAACAUUUUUGGUCAAUGUGUUAGGAUUGUGCAUUUGCACACGAGAAGCAAUACAAAAUAUGAUAGAAAACGAGGUCGAUGGACACAUAAUCCAUAUGAACAGUGUCCUUGGUCAUAGCGUUCCCAAAAAUUUGCUUUUGAGCUUGUAUCCAGCCACCAAAUCGGCAGUAAAAACUUUGGCAGAGUGUUUAAGAGUAGAAUUUAAUGCAAUGAAGUCGAAGAUUAAAAUAACGAAUUUGAGUCCUGGAAUCGUGGCAACUGAAAUUUUUGAAACCAGCGGCGUAUCUGCUGAAACUCUUCAAGAAGUGAUGGGCGGAGAGGUGCCUGCUUUAGAUGUUAAAGACAUUGCAGACGGUGUUGCGUACGUUUUGUCUACACCGCCCAAUGUUUUGGUAACUGAGCUAACCAUACGGCCUCUUCACGAGAAAAUUUAAGAAACUACUGAAAUUGUUUUGUUAUCUAAAUGCUUCACUGUUUUUCUAUGAUUGUUAUUGUUCAUGAAAAUAAACGAUAAAUUAUAAUAUUGCAA